UUAUGCGAGUGUGAUUCCAACUUAAUCGUUGGCUAGUGACAGUCUCAGUCGUAAAUCGCAGGUGAUUCAGUGCAGUAUUCAACGCGGGCCGCACGUCGCCUCGUAUACCGAAUCAUUGUUUUUCUUUACGCAAUUUGACUUUUUGCUUUCGCGGCUGGUUCGCAAGUAAUUGGCACUAAUUUACGGGCAUAUCAAGCAGUCAUCUCACAUUUGUUUGCGCUGACAAUACGCCUGCGCUUAAGCCAUCGCGCUGUGCCGCUGAGCUAACAGCUUAUACUGUAACAUCAUUUGAAGUGCCGGAAAAAAGUCGCUAUUAACCAAGUGUCCAAACAUUUGUUACCACAUAACAUAUCUAUUUGCAUAAACUGCGAAUUUUAUGCCAAAAUACAACAACUUUCAUACAACUUCAAGAGCAUUUACAAAAGUUUGAAGUGUUUGUGAUAAGCGUCAGUAUGUUGACUAAAAGUGAGAAUGCAAAUAACUUUUGGCUUUUGUGUUGCUUGUUAUUCGCUUGCGGUGUCGUGUGUCAAAGCGCAGGAGGUUCUUACAUCAGCGGCACAUACAAGCCAAUGGGUGUGGAUUUGUUCGACCACGAGUUUAUUAGUGCUCCAGAUCCCUUGGGUUCCAAUAUAGAAGAUUGGGAUGAAAGUGAGACAGGAAUGGAUGAUCCGGAAACAAUACCACGCCUCUUUCAAGGUGAUAUUGCUAUAGACCCGUACACUUACAUAUCGCUUAGACUAGGUGUUAACCCCAUGAAGCAUCCAAAACGUCUGUGGCCGAACGCUACCAUCCCCGUCGAGAUCAGCCAUUUAUAUACGAACAACGAACGAAUGUCUAUAGAACGUGCCUUACAAACGUUCAAUGCUUUGACUUGUAUUAAUUUCGUACCAUACGAUGGGGAGGAAGAGGACUACGUACUUAUUACGCCGCCAGUAGAUGACGCGCCGGCAGGGUGCUGGUCGUAUGUAGGAAAACGUGGUGGAGAACAAGUCGUAUCCCUACAACAACCUGACGAGACUAGCGCGCAUUGCUUCAGCAGCGAAGGCCGCAUCAUGCACGAGCUCAUGCAUGCGAUCGGAAUUUAUCACGAGCAGUCGAGAGCGGAUCGAGAUAAUUUUGUAAAAAUCCAUUGGGAAAAUAUUGUGCCUAAAUAUCGUAAAAAUUUCAAGUUAAUUUCAAAAAAGAAGGGCAAACACGCAUUUGAUUAUGAUUAUAAUUCUGUAAUGCAUUACGGCGAAUUCUACUUUAGCAAAAAGAAGGGAGAGAAACCCACCAUGACACCACUGCAGCCCGGAGUUCGUAUAGGACAGCGGAAGACCAUCAGUAAAACAGAUUGUCUGAAGAUCAACGAUUUGUAUGGCUGCUUGAACGGCAGACAUGCGAGAAUGUACAGAAGUUUCUGCAAUUUAUUGGGUCUAUGAAAAUACUCUCCAAUAGUUAUUAUUAUAGUAUUUAUCCGGAUAAUAUCUGAAUAGUUAUCAUUCUGUUUCUCCCAGACAUUUAUCGAAAGUAUUAAAUCAUAUUGAUUUACAAAUAUACUAACCG